UUGACUUCCUGCUACAACUGCAGUUCUCCGAACAACUUACAACGCUACAUUCCAAGCCGACAUUAUCUGGAAACUAACAGCAGGUCAUUUCAAUUUAUAUGUUGCCCGGGUCUAUCCUGCCCCGUGUGCCAAAGUUCAAAGCUUGAUCGCGACAUGUUCCUCAAGCGCAAACGAUCAGAGUCUGAGCUCUCCUUCAGCUCAUCUUUGCCGUCUCCAUCAGCUGGAACAUCCAGCGAUCAUGGCUUCGACCUGAGCGCAAUUGCUUCUGUCAUCAAUAGCCAGAAGUCUUUCCCCACCAUCCUCUCACCCACGACAUCCCACCUCCACAGCCGCACCAUGAAACGGUACCGCAACAACCGGCCUUCUGAGGCAGAAGUCCAUCAACGGACCCUCAGCUUAUUGUAUGCCGCCCAACAGCAACAGCAACAACACCAUGCCGCAAGCCCAGUCUUGAACCCCGACCAUCAGCAGCAACCAAGCACUGUCAACGACGUAGGACCGUCUGUUACCCUCCAAAAGCAACCACAAGCCAACCGCGGUCAACAACGCUCGCUUCACAGCUUCUGGAACCUUCCUGCUGCUCCAGUCCCGACAUGUUCCUCUCGCAUCUUUCCUACAAUAUUCUCAGACCCCUCCGUCAACAGUCUCCUGGAUACGCCUACGAGCUGUGAGGAUUGUGGGGCAGGCCCGAGUGGUAACAGUGGCAAUAGAUAUGCCAAGAAAGGAGGAGAAGGGGGAAAACACGACGUUGACAUGCUGGAUGUUUGUACCCAGGUCAGCACUGGUCGUGAACAAGGGAACGAUGAAUACGACAGUAACUUCUCGCUAUGUGAAGCUUGUGGGAAGAUGGUUUGUUUUAGCUGUUCGAUCAGUAAUUUGGGAGAACACAGGAGAUGUUUAGCUUGUGCCGAGAGAAGGAUCUGGGUUGGCUAAAGUGCUAUCAGGGUUCCAUGAGGCCAUCAGGUCAGGAGGGGAUGCAAAGAUACCACUGUUCUGGAACUAAGUUUGGGUAAGGCGUUUUCACGAGUCUGGAUUCUGGCUGUCCAUAGGCACAUUAGGCGUUAUUCAUCUAUUUAUGUAUAUGUAUCUUAUUUAUAUCACACACACACACACACAUACGUACACACACACACACACACACACACACACACACACACACA